AUCUGAUCGCAAGUAUCCAGCCGGUCGACUUGGCGAGGUGAUCCGUGCGCUAAAGAUUGUUGGAAUGAGAUAAUGAGAGAUACAUCAGUCCAUACUUCCGAAUACCCGUGUCCAGGUCGCGCAUGUGGGCUCGGCGGGGGUACACACCUGACGCAAAAGGGAACUUUUGCGCAGAGCGUGCAGUGCGGGCCCUUUUCUUUACCUUGCGGGGCCUGGUACUGUCGUACCAAGUUGGAGUUUGUCCUGCAUCUCACACCGCUUCUCUUUUCCGAUUUGGGGCUGGAGGUUCGUCUGGAUCUGUCCAUGGCGACUCCCACAGCGACGACACCGGCGUUGGCCUCUGGCGGAGUUAGUACUGCAGAUCGAUGGGGGCGGCAAGCGAUUCCGUGGUGCGCGGCGUGCAUUUCGUUUCCGGUCCCGCCGUGGCCGACUCUGCAGUAGGCGUAGAGUCGCGGGAGACACUACCGGUGUAUGAGGUCCCGCCGGCUCGCGGCCUGGUUGGCGACCUGUCUGAUGUCGAGCUGUCCGACGGGUCCUGCACGACGGGGGCGGCGCCGGCUGGCGGAGGUGUGGCGUCGGCAGGCGCCGGUGACGGGGCGCGCGCCGUCGACUCGCGCAGCGCAGUUCAGUCAUUCAGCCCCAGUGCUCCGGCGGCGGCGAGCACCACUAUCCGCGUUGGCUGGAAGCGCAGGCCAAGGGUAGCCCGGGCACCAGAUGAGAGGGCGGCUGUAGCUGGGUUUGGUUCCAGGUGGAGUAUUGUGCUUCCCACAACCAUGAACUGCUUAGGACUUGUGCUGAGAAGCUGCACUGGCCAUCACACCGGCACAUUGACACAUACACCAAAGAUCUUUGUGAAACGGCUGCGGGAGAACAAUGUGAAUCUAUGGAAGGUUUACAGUAUCUUUGGCAGCCUGUUUGGGCGAAUGAAGAAUGUACCGUUCACGAAGAGGUGCCUUAGAACUUUCUGUGGGAAGCUUAGUAGAGAACACGGGCCUCCAUCCUGCUCCAGUUUUGAAGCUGAAUGAUGAACAAGAAGCACAAAAACAGCAACAAAAAUGGGUUCAUGUGAUGGAUGGUUGUACAAAUUAGACUUACUCCUUGGUCCGGGCACUUGUAGAAAUGAACGCCGUUACGCCGAGGUUCUGACACAAA